CGGCGCAGUAAUAUAAAUGUUCGUCGCUGCCUAUAUGUAUUUGUUCGUGGCGGCUUGACAAGUACGGUAGUUGCUCACUUGCUCCUUAGCCAACAGUUGUGUGGUUACAGAGGUGAUAGUCGCAACUGACUGAUGGCGGCGCACGUCUUCUCCUCCGUCGAGCCACCGCUGUUCUCAGCCUCGCCGGUGGCCGGAGUUGGCGGCCGGCGACGUCGAUCCUUCCGCCCUUGCAUGGUGACGAGCCCUACCCGGGACUCCCACGCGAUGGCCGAUGGUUUUGACUUCCAGGAGGGCCUGAAGAGUGUUAAGGAAAUGCUGCAUCAAAACCAUAAGGAAAAGAGGAAGGUGAUGACUGAUAUUGAUCACCUCAAGCGCCUCUGCAUCGACCACUAUUUCCAAAACGAGAUCAAUGAUGGCAUGGAUGCGUGCUUGAAUCUUGUUGACAGUGAUGAUCUACUAGAUGCAACACUUUCCUUCAGGCUACUGAGAGAAGAUGGAUAUGAUAUUUCAGCAGAUGAGGUUCUUCAAAAGUUUGUCAAUGAAAACGAGGACUUCAACGUUGAUCAUACCAAAGACAUCAGAGGGUUGCUCAGCUUGCAGGACAUAUCACACUUGAACAUGGGAGAAGCAUCACUAUACAAGGCAAAUGACUUCUCAAGGAAACACCUCACUUCUGCAAUUAAACACUUGGACCUAAACCUUGCAAGAUAUGUGAGGCAUUCACUGGAUCAUCCCUACCAUGUGAGCCUGAUGCAGUACAAGGCUAGACACCACCUGAGCUAUCUCCAGAGCUUGCCCACUCGGAACACUGCAAUGGAGGAGCUGGCACUUGCAGACUUCAAGCUUAACAAGUUGCAGCAUCAGAUGGAAAUGCAAGAGGUUAAGAGAUGGUGGAUGGGCCUGGGAUUGGCUCAAGAAAUACCAGCUACGCGUGACCAAAUUCUUAAAUGGUACAUGUUUCCCAUGACUAUCCUCCAGGGGCAAUCCUUCUCCAGAUACCGGAUUGAGAUAACCAAAAUCAUUGCAAUUGUCAGUAUUGUGGAUGACAUCUUUGAUGUUGUUGCAACACAAGAGGAGCUUUCUCGCUUCACCGAGGCAAUCAGAACGUGGGAUCUUGCAGCUGCUGCAUCACUUCCAAGCUACAUGAGAUCAUGCUACAGUUCUCUUUAUACAAUCACAAAUGACAUCGCAGAUAUGGCUGAAAGAGAACAUGGGCUGAACCCUAUUGAUCAUCUCAAAAAAGAUUGGGCCAUGCUUUUCGAUGCAUUUUUGCUUGAGGCGAAAUGGUUGUCUGCUAAUCAUGUUCCUUCCCUAGAUGACUACCUAUCGAACGGCGUCAUCACUACAGGAGGACCACUUGCACUUGUGCAUCUCUUUUCCAUGCUAGGACAUGAUCCAACAAGGGAUGCUACAAACCUCACGGCCGGCCGUAUCCCUCCGAUAAUCUCCUGCCCGUCAAAGAUCUUGAGACUUUGGGAUGACAUGGGCAGUGCCAAGGACGAAGCGCAAGAUGGCCUGGACGGAUCAUACAAGGAGUUGUACCUGAAAGAGAACCCCGGUGGCGACGCGAAGGGGCAUAUGCUGGCGCUGAUCGAGAGUGAGUGGGGGGAGCUCAACAGGGAGUGCUUCUCCAGGAGGACAUUCCCGCCCAGCAUGACCCGGAUCUCGCUAAACCUCGCGAGGAUGGUGAGGGUCCUCUUUGGCUACGGCGAAGGGCAGACGCUCCCCGUCCUUGAGGAGUACAUAAGGAUGCUCUUGUUAUGAAUCAUGCCCACACAAUCAGGAAUCGAGAGGAUGACAGAACCAGAGGAAAGCUGGGGUUUUCCCAUGAAAAUCCUGCUUGAGGAUUCUGCAGUUCCCCCUAUAUUCGCCAUAGUGAAAGAAUAUACUUUGUAGAAUGACACAGUCAAACUUUUCUAACAUUGACUACAUUUUUAUAAAUAGUGGUAAAGUGGAAAUUGUAUAAUCUUCAAAGUUGAUGCUCGGCAUAGGUAGUGGGACCCGCCAGUCAGGUGGUGGACACGUGGCUGGUUUGCUAAUCGUUAGCU